AUGUCUGAGUACGCAACUACAGUUCAGCGAUUCGAAAACCACAGUGACCAGCGCAUCAUAAAGCUCUACCUGAAGUCCAAAGAAACGGGGAAGAAGUUCGCCAGCGUGGACUUUGUCUUCUACAACUGCAGCGUUCACCAAUCAUGCCUCUCCUGUGUAAACGGCAACUUCCCGUGUCAUUGGUGCAAAUAUCGGCACAUGUGCACCCAGGACGCCAGCGACUGCUCCUUCCAAGAGGGCCGCGUCAACACCUCCGAGGAGUGCCCUCAGAUCCUGCCCUCCACUCAGAUCUACAUCCCGGCCGGAGUCAUGCGUCCCAUCACCCUGUUGGCUCAGAACCUGCCUCAGCCUCAGUCGGGCCAGAGGAACUAUGAGUGCAUCUUCCACAUCCAGGGGACCAGCUACAGUGUCCCGGCGCUGCGCUUCAACAGCAGCAGCAUUCAGUGUCAGAAGACCACGUACGACUACGAAGGCGGCGACAUCAGCGAUCUUCCCGUAGAUCUCUCCGUGGUGUGGAACGGAAACUUCGUCAUCGACAACCCGUUCAACAUCCAAGCUCACCUGUACAAGUGCCGUGCUCUCCGGGACAGCUGUGGCAUGUGCUUGAAGGCGGAUCCCAGGUUCGAGUGUGGCUGGUGCGUCCAGGACAAGAAGUGUUCCCUCAGACAGGAGUGCACCAGCGGAGGCAUCGCCCACCUGCCCCUGGCCCUGUCCGAGCCUGGCUGGAUGCACCCCUCCUCUGGGAACAGCCGCUGCUCCCACCCCAGGAUCACCAAGUUGUUCCCAGAGACGGGGCCUCGUCAGGGGGGGACCCGGGUGACGAUCCUGGGGGAGAACCUGGGUCUGCAGUUCAGGGACAUCCAGAUGGGAGUGAAGCUCGGGAAGGUGCCAUGUGUUCCCAUCGAGGACGAGUAUUUGAGCGCCGAGAGGAUCGUGUGUCUGCUGAACGAUGCGACCGGAUACAGGGUCCAGGAGGCUCAAGUGGAGGUGUGCGUAAGAGACUGCAUCAGCGACUACCGCGCGCUGUCUCCCCGGCCGUUCACCUUUGUGACUCCCUUCUUCACCCGGAUCCAGCCUUCCCAGGGGCCCAUCUCUGGAGGGACCAGGGUCACCAUCGAGGGAGCCUACCUGAACGCGGGCAGCUACGUGACUGUCAACAUCGGCCAGCAGCCAUGCCACUUCAAAAAGAGGAACGCCCGUGAGAUCGUGUGUGUGACUCCGGCCGGGCUGAUCUCUGGAAGUGUGUCUGUUCUGGUGGACAUCGACGACGCAGAGCUGAGGAACCCUGAAGUGAAGUUCAACUACACCGAGGAUCCCACCGUCCUGAAGAUAGAGCCGGACUGGAGCAUCGCCAGUGGGGGCACUCUUCUGACAGUGUACGGAACCAAUCUGGCAACCGUCAGGGAACCCAAGAUCAGAGCCAAGUACGGACAGGCUGAAUCUUUCCAUAACUGCACUGUCUACAACAACUCCGUCAUGGUGUGCUUGGCUCCCUCUGUCGCCGACUCCGAGUUGGGGUUUGCCGAGACGGGAACGGGUCCGGACGAGAUCGGGUUCUACAUGGACAACGUGAACGCCCUGGUGGUGGUCAACGAGACCUUCAGCUACUACCCAGACCCCGUGUUCGAGCCGCUGAGUCCCACGGGCAUUUUGGAACUCAAGCCCACCUCUCCACUCAUCCUCAAGGGCCGUAACCUGAUCCCUGCUGCUCCGGGGAACAAUCGUCUGAACUACACGGUGCUGAUCGGGGAGACGCCCUGUGUGCUGACGCUGUCUGAGAGCCAGCUGCUGUGCGAGUGGCCAAACCUCACCGGACAGCACAAAGUCACGAUCCGUGCUGGAGGCUUCGAGUACUCCCCUGGGACCCUCCACAUCUACUCCGACAGCCUGCUCACGCUGCCCGCCAUCAUAGGGAUCGGAGGUGGAGGCGGCUUGCUCCUGCUGGUCAUCAUCGCCGUGCUCAUCGCCUAUAAAAGGAAAUCCCGGGACGCGGACCGCACCUUGAAACGCCUGCAGCUCCAGAUGGACAACCUGGAGUCCCGGGUGGCGCUGGAGUGCAAGGAAGCCUUCGCGGAGCUGCAGACGGACAUCCACGAGCUGACGCAGGAGCUGGACGGAGCCGGGAUCCCCUUCCUGGACUACCGCACCUAUGCCAUGAGGGUCCUGUUCCCGGGGAUCGAAGACCACCCUGUGCUCAAGGAGAUGGAGGUGCCAGCGAAUGUGGAGAAGGCUCUGACGCUGUUUGGCCAGCUGCUCACCAAGAAGCACUUUCUGUUGACCUUCAUCCGCACCCUGGAGGCACAGAGGUCGUUCUCCAUGCGGGACAGGGGGAACGUGGCCUCGCUCAUCAUGACGGCCCUGCAGGGGGAGAUGGAGUACGCCACUGGGGUCCUGAAGCAGCUGCUGUCCGACCUGAUCGACCGCAACCUGGAGAGCAAGAACCACCCCAAACUCCUGCUCCGGAGAACGGAAUCUGUCGCAGAGAAGAUGCUGACGAACUGGUUCACCUUCCUCUUGUACAAAUUCCUCAAGGAAUGUGCUGGAGAGCCGCUGUUCAUGCUCUACUGUGCCAUAAAGCAGCAAAUGGAGAAAGGUCCCAUCGACGCCAUCACCGGAGAGGCCCGCUACUCCCUCAGCGAAGACAAACUCAUCCGACAGCAGAUCGACUACAAAACUCUGACUCUGCACUGUGUAAACCCGGAGAACGAGAACUCAUCGGAGGUGACGGUGAAGGCUCUGAACUGUGACACCAUCACUCAGGUCAAAGAGAAGCUGCUGGACGCUGUGUACAAGGGCAGCCCCUACUCCCAGAGGCCCAAAGCAUCUGACAUGGACCUGGAAUGGCGUCAGGGUCGAAUGGCUCGGAUCAUUCUCCAAGACGAAGACGUCACCACGAAGAUCGACAACGACUGGAAGAGGCUCAACACGCUGGCCCACUAUCAGGUGACGGAUGGCUCUGUAAUCGCUCUGGUGCCAAAGCAGAACUCUGCCUACAACAUCUCCAACUCCUCCACCUUCACAAAGAGCCUCAGCAGAUACGAGAGUAUGUUGAGGACAGCCAGCAGCCCGGACAGUCUGCGCUCCCGGACGCCCAUGAUCACCCCGGACCUGGAGAGCGGCACCAAACUGUGGCACCUGGUGAAGAACCACGACCACUCGGACCAGCGAGAGGGCGACCGGGGAAGCAAGAUGGUGUCCGAGAUCUACCUGACCCGGCUGCUCGCCACUAAAGGUACACUGCAGAAGUUCGUCGACGACCUCUUUGAGACCAUCUUCAGCACAGCGCACCGAGGCAGCGCGCUCCCGUUGGCCAUCAAGUACAUGUUUGACUUCCUGGACGAACAGGCCGACAAGCAUUCCAUCAACGACUACGACGUGAGGCAUACGUGGAAGAGCAACUGCCUUCCCCUGAGGUUCUGGGUGAACGUGAUCAAGAAUCCUCAGUUCGUCUUUGACAUCCAUAAGAACAGCAUCUCUGACGCCUGUCUGUCGGUGGUGGCUCAGACCUUCAUGGACUCCUGCUCCACGUCGGAACACAAACUGGGCAAAGACUCACCCUCCAAUAAGCUGCUCUACGCUAAAGACAUCCCCAACUACAAGAACUGGGUGGAAAGGUACUACUCGGACAUCUCUCGAAUGCCCGCCAUCAGCGACCAGGACAUGAGCGCGUACCUGGCCGAGCAGUCCCGCCUGCACCUGAGCCAGUUCAACAGUAUGUCCGCGCUGCACGAGAUUUACUCCUACAUCGUCAAAUACAAGGACGAGAUUUUGACAGCGUUACAGAAGGACGAACAGUCGCGCAGACAGAGGCUACGUGGCAAACUCGAGCAGGUCAUCGACACCAUGUCCAUGACCAGCUGA